AUGCUUAAUACAAAUUUUAAUGCUUUUUUUGUACCCCAUCAACUUAUUUAUCCCUAUGGAUAUCAAUAUUUGAUUUUGCCAUAAUCAUUCCCUGUUCAAAAUUAACAGCAUUACUAUACUUAGACUUAAAUUUAAGAAAAUAAAUCAUCUAUUGAACCUAAUCAUUCUAUAGAAGUUGUAUAGUACAAAACCUAUUCGGAAACCGAAAGCAAACUUGACUCAACAAGCAAUCAUGAAGAAAUUAAAGAGAUACAUGUUCAGACAAAGUUAAAAAAGAAUAAUCUCUUAAAAAAAUCACAAAAGCCUAAUUAUUUGGUGAAAUCUACCAAUAUCUAAAAAAAUUAUGCAAAAGCAAUUGUAUCUUUUGCAUGUAGAUAAAGAAAUCUAAUUUACUAGAUUUUGGGAGAAAUAAGAGCACAAGAGUUUCUGAAAUUAAUGAACCGAUUGAGAAACAAACUAAGGAAUAUAGCCCACAUCACUAGAUAUACUCAUCAAGAGGACUUUUUGAAGAUGUUUAGGAUUUUAGGGUAUAUUGAUUUUAAUAACGACUUUAGUAAUAACUUUUUGAGAAAAGACUCUGUAUGCUAUAUUUAUAAUUCUAAAAUCCAGUAGAAGAGUUGUCAUGUGGCUAAUAAGACUAUAGUUAAGAAUUCUCUACUCAAGUAUUGA